GGACAGCUUCACAUACAUACACUUGCUGCAAGCAACAAAUCGUCACUUCAGAUCUGCUCUUCCUUGUCGCCUGAGCUCCAGCCAACCCCGUUCGACGCCGUAACUAUAUCCCGAGACCAGCUUGACACUCUAGGCCUUGCGCGCUGCCUUCUCCGGGGCUCUGCCGUGCCGCAAUGUCCCACAGCAAGCGUAACACCUCGCGCGCCGUCUUCACCAGCCACGAGCGAGACCUCGCCAAGAAGGCGUGGGGCGCAAACUCGGCGCGCCUCACCCGCGAAAGCUUCCUCGACUUCUCAGCCUGCCGCCUCUGUCUCGAAACCGCCCGCGACCCGGUCUCGUGCACUCACGGCGACAUCUUCUGCCGCGAGUGCGCCCUCAGCAACAUCCUCGCCCAGAAGAAGGAGAUCAAGCGGCUCGCAAAGGUCCGCGAGGCCGAGGCACGCGAGGCCGAGGAGCAAAAGGAUCGGCAAGAUGCGGAGGAUCGGGAGCGCGCGAUCCGCGAGUUUGAAAUGACCCAGAAUGGUCUCGACGUGCGGCUGAACUUGGAAUGGCGGGGCACGCCGCUGGGGAAAGCAGAGGAAGAAGAAGAGAUCGUCGCCUUGGUAAAAGAGGCAGACGGCUCAUCAUCUACCCCGACCUCGGAAGCACAACGCCCAGGUAAAAGGAAAUUCGAGCUCGACGAGCAAGAGCUGCUGCGCAUAGCUCAAGAGGACCGGACGAAAGCGCGCAAGGCCAUCGAGGACGAGAAGUCAGCGAAGGCUGUUCUUCCGUCAUUCUGGACGCCUUCGAUAACUCCAUCGUCAAACACCAAAGACACACUUCACAAUGUAACAAAGAAGACAAAGACAGUGCCAAUGUGUCCCGCCAGUGCUGAGGACGACCAGCACCCAUACUCGCUGCACAGCCUGGUCACGCUCGAUUUCUCCGAGGAGAUGGACGACAGGACGAAGAAACCCGUCCGGUCGUGCCCGGCGUGCAAGAAGGCGCUUACCAACGCAUCGAAGCCCGUCCUCGCCAAGCCAUGCGGCCACGUGCUUUGUCGCAACUGCGUCGAGCAGUUCGUGAAGCCAUCGAAACACAACAAUCACCAUCACCAUGAUCCUCACGGUAGUGAAGACGCGGCGGGGGCGGCACCGUUGCUGCUGUGCUAUGUCUGCGACGCGGAUCUGACAGACAGGGAUGACGACGAUAUGAUGGCGAAGCACAACGGCAACGACAAGAAGGACAGGAGUAAAAAGAAGGACAAAAGCGACAAGGACAAGAUCCGGCCCGGUCUCGUAGACCUCCGGUGCGAAGGCACGGGGUUCUCGGCAGGCGGCGCGAAUCAAGUCAAGAAGAGCGGCGUGGCCUUUCAGUGCUGA